UCCAAUGCAGACAAACAAAUUAAGGGUUUGAUUUUUGGGGUCCUCAUAUUAGUCAAUAUUUUUAUUUUCACAUGCCUCCUAAAAAGAAACUAGUGAAAAGGGACACUGCUAAUAUUUUUUUUUGAAGGUCUUGUUUUUUUUCAUUAAAGAAACAUUAGAGCUUUGUACCGUUUUAGUGCUGUUUUGUACCUUUUAUUAAGCUGGCCAAAAAAUUUUCUGGGUCCCUUCUCUUUAAUGCAGUCUCUUGACUCUCUUUGUCCAUUUGGUAAGAGACCCAUUUCUUGUUUCUUCAUGGGUUUGUUUUUGUAGCUGUAAUCCAUGUGGGACUUGAUGGUAUCAGAUUGUUCAAAGCUCUGAAGUCUGAACUUUGCAAGGUAGUGACCUUGUUGCUAAAAAGAUUGAAUCUUUGGGAGGGGUAGUUUCUGCUGAGCCUACAUUGUGAAUCAAGGAGGAACAUUGGUAAGAAAAAUGCUCCAUUUUUGCUCUGGUUAGAUCUCUGAAAGCGACUCACUUUGUAUGGUACAUUUCAGUCAUUUAAUGCUUUAGCUACGCUUUGAGUGGUUAAAAAUUUGUUCUUUGCUAAGCAUUAUUGUGUUUAUGACUUUCAUUGGAAGGAGGACCAGCCUUUUGAUGUUCUGGCUUCCAAGCGUUUGGUUGUUUGUUAGGUGAAGUACUGUGUUAUUUGGGGACUUUGGAUGCUUUGAUUAUUCUGAAGUUCUCCUUUUUGGGCUUUCCAAAGUGGUAAUCUUUCAUGCUUUUGAAGAAUGGUUGUUGCGUACUUUUUGUUUUAUUGUAAAGUAUUCAGCCAACUUUGUGUUCUCCUUUGAAUUCGUGGGUUUGACAGCUCAAAAACCCCAUUUCUCUUCACCAGAUUAGGCUGAUUCCUCAUAGUAGUGAAGGAUUGUUGAGUUGUUUCCUGGGUUCUGUUAUUGUUUUUUACAGUAAGUGGUGUGGAAAUCAGUUGUGCCUAUUUGGGUUUGUGGAUUAGAAGCUGAGAAAAGCUUUUCUCUGUGUUCUUCACAUUGAAAGGAUUAGCAUGAAGGUCAUUACUCUUUUAGUGGCAUCUUUAUUUUUCCUCUCUGCCAUGGGGCAGCUUCCUUCACAAGACAUUUUGGCGCUGCUUGAAUUCAAGAAAAGUAUCAAGCAUGAUCCCACUGGUUAUGUCCUCAGUUCAUGGAAUGAGGAAUCUAUUGACUUUAAUGGCUGCCCUUCUUCUUGGAAUGGAAUUGUUUGCAAUGGUGGAAAUGUUGCUGGGGUUGUUCUUGAUAACUUAGGUCUGUCUGCUGAUGUGGACUUGAGUGUAUUUUCCAACCUCACUAAACUCUUGAAACUCUCCAUGUCAAACAAUUCCAUGUCAGGCAAGAUUCCUGAGAAUAUAGCUGACUUGAAAAGCCUUGAGUUUCUGGAUGUAUCUAAUAAUCUGUUUUCUUCAUCUUUACCGCCGGGGAUUGGUGAGUUAGCGAGCUUAAGAAACCUCUCAUUGGCUGGGAACAACUUCUCUGGCUCAAUUCCGGAUUCCAUAUCUGGGCUUGCCUCAAUCCAGACAUUGGACUUGAGCCACAAUUCCUUAUCCGGGUCGCUGCCAACAUCAUUGACAAAGCUCACUCGCUUGGUAUCACUGAAUCUAUCUUUUAAUGGCUUUACAAAGAGAAUCCCAAUAGGUUUUGAGCUGAUUUCUGGUCUGGAGGUGCUUGACUUGCAUGGAAAUAUGUUUGAUGGUUAUCUGGAUGCUCAAUUUUUGCUUCUAUCAACUGCCAUUUAUGUCGACUUCAGUGGGAACAUGCUAGGUAGUUCUAGUUCGCAGCAGCAGAAGUUUUUACCGGGUAUUUCUGAGACUAUUAAGCAUUUGAAUCUUAGCCACAACCAGCUCACUGGAUCAUUGGUGAGUGGAGGUGAGCUACAGCUCUUUGAGAACUUGAAGGUGUUGGAUCUGAGCUACAACCAGCUGUCUGGAGAACUGCCUGAAUUUAAUUUUGUUUAUGACCUCCAAGUCCUCAAGCUCAGCAACAACGGAUUCUCUGGGUUUGUUCCUAAUGGCCUACUGAAAGGAGAUUCUUUAGUACUUACUGAACUGGAUUUGAGUGCCAACAAUCUGUCAGGGCCAAUAAGUAUGAUCACGUCAACAACUCUUCACACUCUUAAUCUCUCUUCGAACGGACUCACAGGCGAGCUUCCUUUGCUGACUGGAAGCUGUGCAGUACUUGAUCUAUCGAAGAACAAAUUCGGAGGAAAUUUAACGAGGAUGGUAAAAUGGGGUAACCUUGAAUUCCUUGAUCUCAGUCAGAAUCAUUUGACAGGGCCUGUCCCUGAAGUAACCCCACAAUUUUUGCGUUUAAAUUAUCUCAACCUUUCCCAUAAUUCUCUUAGUAGCAUGCUGCCAACAGUUAUCACACAGUAUCCAAAGCUUAGAGUUCUUGAUCUCAGCUCCAACCUGCUAAAUGGAAAGCUUCUAGCUGAUCUGUUAACAAUGCCCACUUUGCAAGAGCUUCAUCUUGAAAACAAUAUAUUGACUGGUGAUAUUAAGUUCUCUCCUCCUUCCGCUGGUGAACACAAUCUACAAAUUCUAGAUCUUUCUCAUAACCAAUUUAGUGGCUAUUUUCCAGAUCAAUUUGGGUCAUUGACUGGACUUCAACUGCUCAAUAUUGCUGGAAAUAACUUUUCUGGUUCUCUGCCAACUUCCAUGGCAGGCAUGAGCUCAUUAAGCUCAUUGGAUAUAUCACAGAACCACUUUACAGGUCCUUUACCAAACAACUUGCCUGAUACCCUUGACAGCUUUAAUGCUUCACAUAAUGAUCUUUCAGGGGUUGUCCCUGAAAACCUGAGAAAGUUCCCUAGUUCUUCUUUCUACCCUGGAAAUUCUAGGUUAAGUUUACCUGGUGGUGGUUCUUCUGGGGCAAACAAUUCUCCAGCUGAAAACCACAAGAAGAAGCCAAUGAACACUAUUGUCAAAGUCAUAAUUAUUGUUUCAUGCGUGGCUGGUGUUUUCAUUCUUAUACUGCUUGCUAUCUUUGUACAUUACAUCCGUCUAUCAAGGAGACCCCCACCAGAACGUGAUAUAAAAAAAUCAGUCAGCAGGCGAGCUCCACCAAACGCCUCAGGCAUUAGUGGAACAGAUAGUGGCGGUGCUUUGGUAGUUUCAGCUGAGGAUCUCGUGGCUUCCAAGAAAGGAUCCUCAUCUGAGAUAAUCAGUUCCGAAGAAAAAACGGCAGCUGCAACUGGCUUUUCCCCAUCAAAAACUAGCCAUUUCUCUUGGUCACCUGAGUCUGGGGAUUCACUCACUGGUGAGCACUUUGCAAGACUGGAUGUGAGAUCACCAGAUCGAUUAAUUGGUGAGUUGCAUUUUCUUGAUGAUACCAUCACGUUAACACCUGAGGAGCUGUCUCGCGCACCAGCUGAAGUAUUGGGGAGAAGCAGCCAUGGGACUUCUUAUAGGGCAACACUGGAAAAUGGGAUGUUCUUGACAGUUAAGUGGUUGAGAGAAGGGGUAGCAAAACAGAGGAAAGAGUUUGCCAAGGAGGCUAAAAAGUUUACAAACAUCAGGCAUCCAAAUGUGGUGGGUUUAAGAGGGUACUAUUGGGGGCCUACACAGCAUGAGAAGCUCAUUCUUUCAGAUUACAUCGCACCUGGAAGUCUUGCAAGCUUUCUAUAUGACCGGCCAGGAAGAAAAGGUCCGCCGUUAACCUGGGCCCAAAGGCUCAAAAUAGCAGUUGAUGUUGCACGUGGCCUGAACUAUCUCCAUUUUGAUCGUGCUGUACCACAUGGUAACUUGAAAGCAACAAAUAUACUGUUGGAUGGGCCUGAUCUAAAUGCACGUGUUGCUGAUUAUUGCCUCCAUCGCCUCAUGACCCAGGCUGGCACCAUUGAACAGAUUCUUGAUGCUGGGGUUUUAGGUUACCGUGCGCCAGAGUUGGCUGCUUCCAAGAAGCCACUGCCUUCCUUCAAGUCUGAUGUUUAUGCCUUUGGAGUGAUACUUUUAGAACUUCUAACAGGAAGGUGUGCUGGUGAUGUAAUCUCUGGUUUAGAGGGGGGUGUUGAUUUGACAGAUUGGGUGCGGUUGAGGGCAGCAGAAGGUCGGGGCACAGAGUGUUUUGAUCCUGCAGUGAUGCUGGAAAUGGGGAAUCCAGCAAUUGAGAAGGGAAUGAAGGAGGUCCUUGGAAUAGCUUUACGCUGUAUACGAUCAGUUUCUGAGAGGCAAGGUAUCAAGACCAUAUAUGAAGAUCUCUCAUCUAUAUAGUUUGGUGUUGAAUCCAAUUUGUCUAGGCUUGAGUUUUUCUGGGAAUUUAAUAUCUUAUUAGCCUCCCUUUCUGAAUUCUUGAUGUGGCAUGUUCGCAUGCUCUGCUAAUUGUAUUAACCAUUGUUGUAAAAAUGGAGCAUAUUUCAAUGGGGUACAAAAUUUUAAAUUUUGCUACCAUGAUGUGCUUUGACUUUUGCUUUGAGAUGGCUUCCUAAUGACAAAUGCAAUAGGGAUUAGGAAA